AGCAGGUGCACCGCAGGGAGCCAAUGGAGAAGAGCUCAUCUUCAUCGGUUCCUUCCUCAAGCGAUCUUCGGCAGCGCAGAUCCGCCGCUGAUGCAUCGACCGGCGAUACCAAGGACGACGCUCGAAAGAAGGCGGCCGCCUUGCACAACAGAGCUGAGUUCGGCGGUCCUGUCGGCGCGGCAGUGCUACUGGUCUUCCUGCCCUCCUUCGUGGUGCUCCUGUACCUCUCGUGUAAUGAGUCCUUCUGCGUUAGGACAGAAUCUCUGUGGGAGGACCUUUCCCACCUGCCAAAGGCAAUCGGCACACAGCUGGUGGCCUCAGGUGGCUUGCUAUCUAUUGAGAGGCUGACAAGGAGCAUGGCGAUUCUGUUAGUGUGGAUGCUGGUGCUGAUGGUACUGGAAAGGGUGUUGCCAGCACGAAUUGUGGACGGGAUGGAACUCCCUGGUGGAAGGGGGCGGCUCACGUACCGCAUCAACGGCCAUCUCACCUUUUGGGCCGUCCUUGUGGCCUUGCUAAUUGCGUAUCCGCAACGCACGUACAAGGGUGAGGGGCAGUGGUCUUUGGGGCCGUUCCCUCUGUCAGCUCUGCACGACCUGUACCUCCCCCUGAUAGUGUCAUCGAUCGCCCUGUGCUUGCUCAUGUCGGUUGUGCUCUUCCUGGCAUCCUUCCGGUCUGGUUCUCCCCCGCCCCUGCUGUCUGAGCCAGGCAACACCGGCCACCCACUCACGGACUUCUUCAUGGGCCGGGAGCUCAACCCCCGAACCUAUGGGCUCGACUGGAAGUUCUUUUGUGAGCUGCGGCCUGGUCUGAUAGGCUGGGUGGUCCUCUUGCUGGGAGCGGCCCUCAAGCAGAUGGAGGAGUUUGGGCUGGGGGGCGUGUCGCCUGAGCUGGUGCUGCUGAUAGUCUUCCAGGGCCUCUACGUGUGGGAUGCACUCAAACAAGAACCAGCCGUCCUCAGCACUAUGGACAUCACCACUGGUGGGUGGGAAAGAGAUAAAUAGACAGAGAUGGUUUGUCUUUCUGUAACAUCCAUCCAUCAAUCAUUGUUUGCCGACACAUGGAUGGAUGGAUGGAUGUGUGUGUGCAGACGGGUUUGGGUUCAUGUUGGUGUUUGGUGAUCUGUGUUGGGUGCCCUUCACCUACUCGCUGCAGGCCAGGAUCAUCCUCAUACGCCCACCCAACCUGCCGCAUGCCGCACUGGCCGCUAUCGCCGCACUCAACCUAUUCGGUAGCUGCACUGCAGCGCAGCCAACAUAGAACGACUGAUAUAGCUAGAUAGAGAGGGACAGAUUACAUACACACACACACUGGUUCGCAGGUUACUGGAUCUUCCGGUCGUCCAACAGCCAGAAGGAUGCCUUCAGGAGGGACCCAAACGCCCCCAGCGUGCGACACCUCAAAUACAUCGAAACCAAAACAGGUAAACGUUGAACAAGGAACCCGGCAGCCGAAUCCUGGACGUAUGUCUGUCUGUCUGUCUGCUGUGUGUAUGAGUGUAGGUCGUCGUUUGUUGACGUCAGGUUGGUGGGGCCGUGCGCGUAAGAUCAACUACACGGGCGACUGGCUCAUGGGGCUGGCCUGGUGUCUGCUGUGCGGCGGCUGGACUCCCAUAGCCUACUACUAUGCCGGCUACUUCCUAUUCCUGCUAUUGCACAGGUACGUCCCAACAUGUAGGAUGCCCAGCCCAGUCUCUCUCACUUCCUGUCCUGUCCUGUCUGGUUGUGUUGUGUUGUCCACUAGGGCAUUGCGUGACGAGUGGGCGUGUUCGGCCAAGUACGGGGCUGACUGGCAGCGCUACAAACAGCACGUGCCCUAUGUCUUAAUACCUGGCGUCAUCUGAUGGGAUGGGUGGGGGCCGGGGCGACGAUAUAGUGCAUGGCAUGCGUAUAUGGAUG